GGGUCCCUAAACUAUUGGACUAACAACGAAAGACAGGUUGCUACACAAGUUGCUUGAAUUUGGAAAAACAACAUUCAUUACAAGCGUAAUAUUUGAAUUUCAAUCACUGAUACAGCCCUUGGUAAGAACCGCUGAUUGCUCCUGGCAGAUUAAUGACAUGCAUAUGUGUGUUUUAGAGAAAGAGCCGUCGAUAUUUCGUGGUGAAAUUUGCUGCCUACAACGGAGUUUCGUCCUUAAAGCGAAGUGAUGUUCUCCUCGCUUAAACUCUUACGAUGAGAGCCCUUCUUUUAUGUGUUAUUUCGUCCAUAUAUUUGAACACUUACAAUUCUGUUUACGGGGUCGAGACUACAUCAAAUCCAUCUUCCACAUCAAGCGAGCAGUUCACAGGUAGAGUUGAAUUUUUUCCAUCUGUAAUUACGUAGUAUGUUACACUUAAUGUUUUUUUUCAUCCUAAAAAAUAUGUUUUAAAUUUUGCAGUAUGAACGAGAAUUUUUAGUCAUAAACUGGCGCUGUUCUCAUGAAUAUUCUAAAGGAAGUGGUUCAAGUAUUCGCCCUUUCUUCAGGCAAUAACGGUCACUUUUAGAAUUUCUCUCUAAUUUUAAGAAAUACUCUGAAACUCUCUUUGUAUUCUGAAAGGAAAAGAUUGCUGUCAACUUUGUUUACAAAGGGCGAGUGUGAGCAAUGAAUACUCCUGUGACCGGAAUAUGUGGUGAAAAUGCCAGAAGCUAAUGUUUACUUGUCGAGCGUUUAAAUUUUCCGCAAUCUUGAAAUUUCGCCUGUGUCUCUGAUGUUUUUGCCUCCGGUGGUCAUAAUUAAACGCCUCCGUAUUGCCUCGCAAACGCAAGGAGUUGAUCUUCAACGAAACAAUGCAAAUUUUCAGCUUUUGUUUGAAAAGUUCCGGGAUCGUAAAGACAAAAGAUUGGUUGACAACAAUGAAAUAAAGCUGUUGACAAAAAACUACAAAAAGUUGAAGAAACAAGCUUAAUGAACCAUAGACUUUCACAAGGGAAACCCUUUUACGUUCAUUUUGUCUUAAGAACUUAAAAUCUGAAAUUAAAUCAAAAUUACAAAAACCCGAUGGUUUAUAUUACUGCACGCAACCCCUCGUCCAUUUUUCAAAUCAGAUAACAUGUUAGAAGGAGAUUACAAUUAUUCAUUUUAAGGCCGCUUUAUCACGACCGACUUGGCUGGCUGUAUAAUUAAGAAUUUGUCGAGAAAAGACAAAAACCCGUGUCAACCAAUAACAAGUCUUGGAGGGGCUAUAUUCUUAUCGUAGUCGACAUGUCUCUGAACCGGUUCAUGCUGAAUGUGUCAUAACGCAGGCUUCCAAUCUUUUGCCUGGUUUCCCUUGUCUUCGCUAUGAAAAUACCGGCAGGUAAAAAUGUUUUCUGAUUUUGUUCAAUGUCAUUCGUAAUAUCUGUCCUCAUACUCAAUUUCGAAUUUUCCUUCACCUGCCACAGCGUCUCAUAUGUAUAUUUUCAUCCUUAACUUUUAAUUUAUUUCGUGUUUGUAUCAUUCAAAUCAAUACGGCAAGCUAAAAGUUCGUAAACGUGCGCAAAAACAUCAUUUUAAACAUGUAUUUGCAAAGAUAAUUUAAAACUGUGUACAUAUGAAAUUGGAUCAAGAAACUUCCUCUUUCAAAAUUCGCUACUAAAUUUUCUUUUUGGCUGUAGCUGUACAUUUAUUAUAUCUUUUCCUUUUAAAUUUUUUUCCCUUAAAGGAAAGCACUUCAACUUUCUACUUUUUUUAAAAUUUAUUUAAACGCCAUUCGGAAGUUUUUUAAUACAAUUAAAUUAACCCAAUGUUAGAUGUGUCUCCUAUUCAGGGAAAGCAAGUUAAAUAUUCUACGUUCUCCUUUAAUUUGCAUCGUCAAUUUUGUCCGUUUUGCACCUUUUAUCUAUCACCAUCUCCGUUUAUCUCUUUCCUUGUUGCAUGCGGCAACAUCUUAAGCUUAGCAACAAUCGGUCAAUUUUUCUUUAAUGCAGUCUCUUACGAAUACAAGUUAGGAAGCAGAUAUUUCUUUGGUAACCAACCUUUGGUUAAAGACAAAAUUAAAAACGGAAAUCUUAGUGACUGUCACACGCAAUAUCUAAAGGUGCGCCCACCCAAAUGAAUAUGAUAAAUUUUUAUGAAAACCGACUUUCGAUUCAUAAAUCCAGAAUUAUUCUUUUCAAAUUCUAGAUCUGAAACGCAUGUUCGCGAUUUAACCAAAUUUCAAAUUACAAAGUACGUGCAUGCUCUGACUAAUGUGAUAAAUUCUAUAAAAGCUUCAUAUCCGAGAUAAUGUCAAAACACUCUGGGCGUAUUUGUAUACCAAAACUUGUGUCAGCCGUCAUAAAAAGUUUUUUCUUUAUUUUUCUUUUUCUGUGAAGCGAUCAUUAUCGCAAGGUGAAUAAAACUCGACUGGAAAAUGAGGCCCUUCUUAAAUAUUUAAAAAUUUGGCUAAUUUUCCUUUAUUUGUCGCUUGCUAGGAAGUUGAAAAAUCGCAAUAAACGGUCUUUCCUGUUUAAUUUGCAUUUUAUGAUUGCUUUUCAGUUCCGAAACCAGCGAUCAUAUUUUUGGGAUUUCUCGGAGUAUGCCUCGUAGUUGUGUUUAUCUUGUACAAGAUUCUCCACUCUGAUAUUUGUAAACUCGAUCGUAAUAAAUUGGCCGGUGUAAGUCAAGCUGAAUAUGCAGAACUUGGAAAAUCUGCCGCAUUUGAGGAAGAAUCCCACGACGAAUCAGAUAGUGUGGAUUACAUUGAACAAGAAACUACUGCAAGCGAUAGGAGUGAUGACCGUCCAAUGCAUAGACCUGCGCCAUACGUCAAGAGCAGGAGCCUGGGUGACCUGUUCUCUGAGAAACCAAGUCAGCCUCCUGCGCCUCAGAGGAAGUUCACUCAAUGGGAGAGACCGUCUAUAGAAGCUGUCAAAGCUGCAAGCCAUUUGAAUGUCCUCUCUGCUUACGGAGAUACAGGCGGUAGUCAGCGCGUUCGGAAGAAGUCGCGUAAGGAAUCACGAGGGGAUAUCACUUGUGUAGCAAAACUACAAGUUUCUGUCGCAUUUGCGCAGACGGCCCAGAGAUUAGAAGUGACCAUCAUCCGAGUGCAAGACUUCCCCGAGGCAUUUUCCGCGAAUAGCGCUACUUCGGCAAUGUCAAUCCAUCUGACCCUGAUGCCGUCGAAGCGAUAUCGAUUUAAAACGAAGACGAAGGCAACUUCUGAUGUCACAAUUAAUGAGACAUUUGUCAUGCGAGGCGUAAGUGCCAACGAAUUAAUGGACAGCAGUUUACGCUUCCGAAUUUACGCGCAGGGUUCAAUGAAGACAGGCAGACUACUGGGAGAAACACAAACCCACGUGACAGACUUCGACUUGGAUGAUAUAGCCUCAACUAUGUGGAUUAUGGUACCACCAGCUGAGGAACAGAAAAAAUCGUCUUCUAAACAAAGAAAGUAAUACAUUGACGUCACAUGCAUUGGAUAAAUAGUCGCGCGUAAGUGUUUUAGUUGAUUAGUCCUUCACCUGUUAUCUUCUAGUCUUCACCAGCUGCAGGUUCUUAGAGCAGAGGCGAGUAACCUCUUAAAUUAAGUACAAAUCAAUGGAGACUUAGGUCUCCCAGAGCUGAGAACAACUUGAGCCUUUUGAGAACAGUAGACGGGGAGGCCAAUUAUAUCUCACAACAUGAUAGAAAUCUGUUUUCACUUUACAAAAGGACACAUCCUGAAUUCUUAAACAUCCUCUUCCGGCAAGAAUUAGCCUUAAGUUUGUAUCACCCUGCCUGAGGAACCAUAAAUCGGCCUCUUUAUUCUUCAAUGACGUCAUAAAUUAAUUGCCCACUGUAGUCGUUCCAAAGGUAAAAAGAAACGGGAAACGUUACACUGGUUGGUAAUCGAUCAAAAGAAAAUUUUCGAGUGUUUUUAAAUGAAAAAAAAAGUCAAAAUUUUUGUCGUUCCAGUUUAAACGUAAACUCAAUCGACAAAGUAGGACUUUAGGCUUCACUGGACCAUGACAUUUAAAGCGUGCGGUUUGAUGACGUAUGCCGAGGAAAGUUUCCUUGUUUGAAAUAUGAUAACUUCAUGUCUUUUUUCACGAUCAUUUUUUUAUUUCUCUGUUGAAAAAGCCAGAGUCUUCUCAAAAGACCGCCUUUACCUUUGAUUUGUGAAAAAUACGAUAAAUUUGGAUAAUAUGUCGUGGUUUUCAUCUUGCUCGAGACGAAAAAAAAAUUCCGCUUUUUUUGGUUGUCAAUGUCGUCACCAUUGCUAAUUAAUGUAAAUAAUGUAAAUGGCAGAGGUUGUACUCUAUUGAGCAUAAGGAAAGGCUGCCUCGGAGGUAGAGGUGCCUUACCUACAAUCGAGAAGGGUUACCCUAUCAGCAUAAUAAGUUAUAUUUUGUCAUGGAAAUCUGCGCAGUUGAGGUUAACCCCUUUACACUCUAUCAUCGGGAUCUAUAUUCUAUUCACUGUUCUCUUUACAUUUCCAUUGGUACUGACAAGGAGAAUUUGUUUAUCAAUCAAAGCUUCUUAAGUUGGUGAUCAUUUCCUUUAUUCUCGUGAUCUUAAUAAAUGAUUUAGCAAUAUUAUUGUAAGGAGAAAUUAGACUCUGGUCACUCUUACGGUUUUAAGGAUUAACUCACCAAAUAGGACCAAGCUUAGCGCCCUUGGUUCGCAACGAAAAAGCGUGCGUUCUCCUUUUCACUUCCAAAAUUCUAACAAAGCAACGUUCGGAAACUAUCACGCAGUCGAUAAACACUCAUAACCCAAGAAAAUGAAAGAAAGAGAUAUCGUUAUGACGGUCAUCUCGUUCCCUUAAGCAAUGUUUCUGUCUGUGAAACGUGUAUGGUGCACCCUUUGUCCCCAAAUAGGGGCUUUAAAAUUUAUUUCAAGCCGAGAAGACCCCGGCUCUGAACAUCUCAGUAGUUGUCAUUUAAAUGUUUAUCAUAAUUACUCUCGAUUAAUUAUUUAUCCUUUACACGGCAUAAUUUUUGAAAGUAUAUUUUUUGGAAAAAAUGCACCUCGAGUUGUAUGGUUCUUAAGAUUCAGC